UAUUAUGCAACACGAACACCCUUCGAAAAGAUAGAUACAAGUAGAAUAAAUCCAAUGAGGUCCAAUGACAUUGACACAAUAUUCUGCAGGGUUUACAAUGCACCACAAUUAUCGCCAUCUAUUGGUUAACAAAGAUUAACAUACACACAUAUGGUUUUACUGUCAAAAUAAAUCCAUCUAUAGAUAUUACAUACAUAAAUUAAUUUAAUUGUCUAAUAUUUUUACUUACGUGUUUUGCUGGUAAUUUUUUUCUUAUUUUCUUAAUCUAAAUCUUCUACGUAUUUUCUGGUGAGUGUAUUGGUAUACAACCAUGUAUACAAUAUGGUUCUCGUAGUGUCAAACUGUCAAACAGUGGACUGUCGAAACAGUCAUUCAUCAACAUACAUAUACUCUCGGACUAAGACGUCUUUAUAAAUAAAUCGCUGUGUACACUUGAUUUAUGAAAAAAUCAUAAAAAGUUUAUGUUAAAUAUUUUCUAUAAUUUUCAAUAAGUUCAUACCGUGUUAUUUCACACUCACCAUCUCGAUUUAUUGAUUAGGACACAUUUAAAAAUCAGACGCAUUUUUGUUCCAUUUUAUAAUACAUAGCAGCCUUCUUGACUGAAAUAGUUGAACUUCUUCAUUAGAUGACUCUCGUUCAACACCAGCAGGCAAAUUAGUCGCUUUUGGAAAAUUUCAAUAUUAAUAUAUUAUAUAUAACAUAUACACAAAUUGACAAUUGUUCACGCUAAUACUGAUACUUCGCGAGAAAUAGUGAAAAAUUGUUGGAAUGAACAUCAAAAUUUCAAACCUUUACCUUCAACUAUUGAUAGUUUGAGAUGAACGGAAACAUUGAUCCGCAGGGCGGAAACCAUAGUAAUAGCAGUAGUAGCACAGCGCCAUUGCAGAAGUCUGCUCAGGAUUAUAAAUUGAUCGUAGAUCCAUUUUUGGUGAAAGCGCCACAAAAAAUAUAUCGCUACAAUGGAGUAGUUCCGAAUGAUCCCAACUAUCCACAAGUUAUUUUAAAAGAUCCACGCAAUGCGAAAGCUAUUCGCUUGCGAGUUCGUUUAGAUCCAAUCGAACUAUCAGUGCCACGGUUCAAAAUCGAUGAGCAUUAUGUUGGGGAGCCCCCUGCUGUGGAAAUCACAAUCACUAACAUGAAUGAUAACGUAGAUGAGAAUUUUUUACGAAAUCUUCUGACUAAAUGUGGCCCAACCGAGGAGCAAAUUAUUUAUCGCCAUCCCAGAACACAACGUCGUUUAGGUAUCGCCCGAAUCGUUUUUGUUGAUGUCAAAUCAGCUCGCAGCUGUAUUGAAAAAUAUAACCAACAAUCAGUAAUGGGAAAUGUGAUGAAUGUUUUCUACGAUGCUUUCGGUGAACAAUGCAAACAAAUUCUAUCCGAAGCCUCUUGUGAGAAGAAAUCACAAAAGCCCCCCGUGCAGCCACAACCACCAGCAAGCCAUCCGAUACCUCAACCUGUACCGCCAAUACCAAUUUUUAAACAAAAGGAUGAUCAGAUCCCACAUCUAAACGAAUCAGAUCCCUACUAUAAAGCGGACUACAACAAUCCAUACACUAGAAGUGGCCAUAUCCCAGCUGAUGACGCAAAUGGUCACAGGCAUUAUGAAGCUGAUGAUCUCAGGCAUUAUCGAUAUGACAAAAAAACAGCAGAAAACAGAAGAUGGGACUCAAAAUCUUCCAGAUAUUAUAAAAGUGAAAAAGAUCGAGAUAGAAGUCACCGAAGCUAUCGAAGUCACCGUGAUGAAAGAGAUAGAGAUAGUGGUCGUCGAAGAGACUAUGACUACGAAAGGAAAGAUCGUGAUCGGCGUGAAAGAGAUCAUCGAAGCCGUGAUUCCAAAUAUCGUGACUACAAAAAAUCAGAGAGAGACUAUAUGCCGCUAGCAGACAGUUCGUACACAUAUAGUAAUAUCAGCAGCAGUAGUGGUAGCGUCAGCAAUUAUACUACAGGGUUGCAUCAGCAUAGUAGUCAUCAUCAUUAUUCAUCAUUUGAAAGCCCUAAUUCGUCGUCUUUCCACCAGUAUCCACCGUUACCAGCUUAUCAACCACCACCACCACCAACUGAUCCAUGGCCGAAGCUUGCGGCAACCAAACCACCACCCGCGCCUGAUAGACAUGAUUGGGAUGGAGUAGAUGCGCAAAAAGCUUCCAACACAUCAUUAAAGGACACAACUGAAGUGAAAAAAGAAUCGAAAAAUAAUGAACAAGACGAUGAGAGUAACAUUGAUUUAGAUACUAGAAUUGCAUUGAUGUUCAAGGAGAAAUCCUUUGGUGCCGCACCACCGUUUUUGCAAUUGGAUGACAGUGAAUCAGAAACCGAAAAAGAAAACGUCCCAUCUGAUACAUCAGGUUCAAUAUUAGAGAAAAUUAGAACCGAAAUUAACACAGUUGGUGAAAAUAUUGCACAUGCAGCAGUUGAAGCGACCAGCAACGAUUCAAUAUUUAUGACAUCAAAUUCGAGCGAACAACUAGAAAUUAAAUGCGAGAAAAAGAAGUGCAUUGAAGAUGGUGCUAGUGAUAUUUCGAGUGACGACGAAGUAUUGGAGACCUGCACACCACCAAAGUUUGUAGCUGGUAAUAUCAAAGUUGAAGACGACAAAAUGUCACUAUCCAGUCUAUCGUCUACAGAAGAUAAGACCCAUCGGAAGUCAAUUGUACCAGAUGUGGCACCGCAUAAAAUUACUGCCUCAGAAGUUGGAGUUUAUUACUACCCCCCCAAUACCAAUACCAAUACCAAUACAAAUCCAUAUUACUAUCCAACCGGAGGAAAUACGGCAUACGAUCCAUAUAUCAAUCAAUAUGUAUCAUCGCAUGGGUACAUGCAGCCCUAUAUGCCAGGUUUUCCAACAAUAAUACCAGGGGGAUAUGUGCAAUCUGAAUAUCCAGUAAAAAAAGAAGAUGAACCGGUAGCACCGGUGCCCGAGCUAAAGAAAGAUCCAUCCGAACAAAUAGUGGCAGCUGUAAUCGAACGUGUUAAGAACGAAUUGAAACAAAUCUUGAAAAGAGAUAUUAACAAACGUAUGAUUGAAAGUAUUGCGUACAAAAAGUACGAUUCUUGGUGGGAUGAACAAGUGCAGAAUAAAAACAAACCAUCCACUAAUGUCAUCGCUCAAGCAAGUACAGAAAAGAAAGCCAAAGUUCCUGACAUCAAUCAAGUGUUGAAUAACAAUAAUAGCGAAGAAUUGAAUGGCUUCACAUUGGGAUUUCGAACGCAAAUACUUAAACUGCCUCGUUUUCAGCGUAUUCGUAAAGCACCAAGUCCGGUGCCACAAGACGAAGACUCGAAGAGGGAUCUAAGUGAUCAAGAGGAAAUUAUUCGAGGGUCCGAUUCGGAUAAUGAUGAAGAAAUUCCAAAAUCUAAAUCAACAUUCAAUGAAAAGCUCAAAGAAACCGAAUCCAAAAUGCGAAGAAGAAAAGCCGGUAGUGUUUCCAGUUUUUUCACAUCUUCUAGCGAAGAGGAGAGCAGCAGUGCUGAGUCUGAUAGUGAAUUAGAUACUUCAUCAUUAAGCGAUAUUGAUGAACUCCCAACAAUUGCACCAAAAUUGAAAGAUGUUGUAAAGAAGAUCUAUUCAGAUUCAGACAGUGAAGAUGAAAUAAAAGUAGUUCCGAACAAAACUGGUGCUUGUGCCAAGUCAAAGUCUAGAUUGUAUUCGGAUACAGUGAGUGAAGACGAAGAUAUUAGUAUGGAUGAUCAAGCGGAUGAGAAAGAACUCGAACUAUUACAAGAUGCAAUAAAAACACCCGAACCAAAUGUUGAUAUAGAUAAUAUCAAACCACCUCGAACACCAGGUCGUGAAUCGCCGCCAACCGAACAAAAGAAAGCAAAUUCACUUGAGUACGAUAGACUGUAUAGUGAUUCUGAAGAUGAACGAGAAUAUCAAGAGAAACGGCGCAGAAAUACUGAAUAUAUGGAACAAAUCGAACGCGAGUUCAUUGAAGAACAAUUGAAACGUCAACGAAGUCAUAUAAGUGAAACAACUGAAGAAGAAAAUGCUUUACCAGAGAAGGCACCAAGUCCUGGCGAUCCACUCACACCAUCGGUUUCUAAAUUGCCCCCCACACCGGAUAUCAAACUAAUCUCAGAUCAACUAAGAAAUCAAACCACAUACUCAAGUGACGGAGGAUAUAUUUCUAAAAAAGCUUUGGCUGCCAAAAAAGCCAAAAUGCAUGGCAACCAGCAACAAGGAACAAAUGGUUUAGCUCGAAGUGUGUCUAUGUCAGAGACAACUGAGGAUGAAAUGCUAAAAGGCAAACUCUCUCCCGAAUCAUGUUCGAGUCAAGAGAGUCAAACAAGUCAUGCGAGUCAAGUUCAAAUGGAGCACUGUUAUUCAUUACCUCCUUCAGCAUCACCUUCUUUAUCGUUGUCUUCGCCAUCACCACAAGUAUCUGGUGAAACAUCGAAAGCAUUACAACCAGUAACGAGUGCGUUUGUUCAUGACCAUGGUUAUAUAACGUCAACAAGUAUUUGCACUGCUACGUCAACGAAAACAACAACCGCUUCCGUAACAAAACCAGCUACAAAAGGCCCCGGUCGACCCCGAAAAGAUGCCAACCAAAAUAGGAAGUCAAAGAAAGCUAAAACAACGACCGUAAUCGACGUGGAGAAAACAUUGCAGAAACAAGAAGGAAAAAAUAUGUCUUCAUAUCUUCCACGAGAAAUAUAUAAUGAUCGAAAUCCACGAGAGCAAGUUAUGCUUUUAUAUGAAUUCCUGACGAAUGGAAUUGAUGCCGAGGACAUCGCAUAUAUUCGUCGUAGCUAUGAGUUUUUGCUGCAAGACGAUACAAAUAAUUCUUGGUUAAAUGCAACUCACUUCAUGGAACAUUGUGAGACAGAUCGUAGUUUUAUUCCACCUCCUAAUAAAAAACGGAAAAAAGAUGAAGAUCUGCGACGCCAUGCAAGUGGAUCUGCUCGAACUGAGGGUUACUACAAAGUUGAUAUUCGUGAUAAGAUGCGAUUCAAGUAUCAUCAUUCAAAAUCUAUCAAUGAGUCGUCGAUAGAUGAUGAAGUAAAAUCGAAAAUGAUUUCGAAAAUGCAAGGCUCACGUGAAGCGCGUUCAAAUCAGCGACGCUUGUUAACUGCAUUUGGUACGAGUACCGAGAGUGAAUUGCUGAAAUUCAACCAAUUGAAAUUCCGAAAAAAGCAGCUGAAGUUCGCCAAAUCAUCAAUUCACGACUGGGGUUUAUUUGCUAUGGAACCAAUUGCGGCCGACGAAAUGGUCAUUGAGUAUGUAGGACAAAUGAUUCGACCAGUUGUCGCCGAUCUGCGCGAAACUAAAUACGAAGCAAUUGGAAUUGGAAGCUCCUAUCUUUUCCGUAUAGAUGUAGAGACAAUUAUUGAUGCUACCAAAUGUGGAAACUUGGCUCGUUUUAUAAACCACAGCUGUAAC